AAGUAAAAUAAUUUAAAAACAGAAAAAAAAUGGAAAAGAAACGAAUCAUAAAGUACAUUUUGAAUGAACAAAGUUUGAUAAAAAAUCAACAAAAACCAUGUACAGUAGCUGGAUGUUCGUCAACAUUUACGAGUAUAAGCAAUUUGAAUAUGCAUUUGGAGAAGCAUCACGGUGUUCAAAUCAAGAAAUUAAUCGAUAAUAAUUCAGAGGUACAAUAUUUUUGUCCAGUGCCAAAGUGUAAAUACAAUAUUCUACAAAAUUGUAGUUCACAAUUUUUCAAAUGUCGCAAAUAUUUGCGGCAACAUUUCCUGAAAGUGCAUGCAGCUAAGAAUGAAAAAUGCUCAAAAUGUGAUAAAUCGUUUGCAAAUAUUCCGCUAAAGACAUUGCAUGAACGAAGCUGUGGUAUUUUAUUCAAAUGUAUCGACUGUGAUUGGGAAUAUUCGAGCAGGGAAUGUCUACUGACGCAUUGCAGAAGAAAAGGGCAUCAAGUACCACCGAAGCCAGAAAUAAAGCAAAUUAUUCCAAUAACAAUGAAAAUCGAUGAUCAACUCAAAUCGGAUAAGAAACCAUACGAAAUUCAAAUUGCACCAAAGGAAGAAUCGGCCGACAAUAAAAACCAAACGGAUGUUCUGAUGAAAAGAGUACGAGGUGUUUUGCGGACCAACACACCGGCAGCCAAAAUUCGAGCCAAUUUUCAAAAGAUUUUAGAAAAAAGCAAAACAAUUGCUGGCAAUAAAGUCUCACAAACAACUCAAACCUCAUUGAUUAACACAAAGCGAAUGAUGGCAAAGAAAAGUGUGGAAAAAUCAGAUGAAAAAUAUAAGAGUUUGGAGUUGAUUGACGAGGAGAGUAAUUCGUCGACGGAAGAUUCAACCAAAGCCAAUCGCAACUUGAAUAAUUUGAGCUAUGUGGAUGAUGAAAGUAGCUUGCACUAUUUCACAGUGAAUAAUUUCAAUGCUGGUUUGUGUUCUAUCGAAACCCAAACCGAUUUAAUGCCAUUUGAAGAGACAAAUAUUGCAUCAAGUGAGAUGGAUCCACUUUUGUGUCAUAUGCACACACAAACUUCAGAUGAUAUAUUAACCGAACUUGGUUUGACCGAUAUUCAAACACAAACCAAUUGGCCAAACGAUGAAUGCAACGAUAUAUUUGUAUCGACCGAAACUCAAACUUGUUUUGAUAGUCAUUUGAUGAUGGAUAACAUAUCUACACAUACGCAAACUUCCAUUGGUACAAACUGUGAUAAUAUGGCACGAUCAACAUCAUCAAAGUGGCUAAAUAAUCACAUUCAACAUCAUAGUCAAUUCACACAAACUUUGUCAGAAACAUAAAAAAUAAUAAAAGAAACUCUUUGUUUAAUCGAAGUGAGAUUUAUUAUUUUUUCUCUUUAUUCAUUUUAAUGCCAGAAAACGGUAUAAUAAGAUCC